AUGCACUCUUCAUCUUCAUUUCCUUAUACUAUCGUUUCUUAUUCUGCUAUCCCUCCAGUUAUGCCGUUUCAGUAUCCUCAGAAUCUUGAUUCAUUCUACUCAACAUUUCGGCCGUACGAUGCUGGCCUUCAUUAUCUGACACGUAUUGGCAUCUUACCGUCGCAAUACAUAUAUAAGCUACCUUGCAGCACCGAUGCACUAGAAACAGCGUUCAUUGGGAACCCUUCAUUGCCUGUUAUUCAGUAUAUAUGCCGUCUUGGCCUCUCACUCACUGGUUCAAUUAUCGGAGAGCCUCCCGAUCUUCUCCGACAUGUGCAAGGGUUAGCAACACUUGACGCGAACAUCUACAUCGCGCUCCAAAUCCUUGAAGCACUUGUAUUGCAACGCUCUGGUUCACUUCUAUAUGAGCAAGCCUUAGAGGAACUUCGGCAUCACAUCUGCAAAGAGAGGUUAGCCGACAGAGUCCGUGACCAGAAUUCACAUAAUAUUGUGUGGGCUUAUUGGCAGCUAAUAUUCGAAGGGGAAAACUCACCAUUUCUACGUCACGAUUGGACAGCCAUCGUCGUUGAACUUCAAUCUUUAACGAUUCCUGAUGAGCUUGAAUCACCGUGGGCGUAUCAAUCUGCAAAGUAUCUAGAAGGAUUCUGCGAGCUAUACACCGCCCGGGGCACACCAGGAGUGAAAGUCUCUAUGCUUUUCUUACGUCCCUACCCGGACGAUAGUUACGAGUCACUUAAAGACCUUUUUAUUAGGAUCUCCUUCGCUAUGCUACAUAUUGAGUCGUUAUCUCCUGGCCAAAGGGAAGAGCUUCUUGGAGACUACGGCGUGUAUCUACGUUCAUGCCCAUUGGCUUCGCCAAAAUCUCGGCUUAGGGGCUUUCGGCGCGAGUACUUCGUUCUGAACACGUUCUACUGGCUUCAUAACCACUUCAAAACGGGGGCAUCGAUGGAUGAAUGGAGGACUUGGCGACAGAGUCUAGAGAGCUUUAUUAUUAGAAAUGAUGAUGCUAGCUACGUUUAG